AUGUCUAAUACACUUAUCGAAACAACUAAAACAAAUGGAAAUACAAUUUCUGAUUUUAACAACAAAAUUAAUUCUUUCCCUAAUUUAAAUGAACUUCGAAAUGCAAUCCCAGCAGAGUGCUUUGAAAAAUCUCUAAUUCGUUCACUUUCUUAUUUAAUUUUGGAUUUUUUAAUUAUUUAUGGACUUUAUUUGGUUGUUGGGGUUGCUGAGGACAAUUUUGGGAUUAUUGGACUUUUGCUUUGGUAUUGGGUAUUAGGUAUGUUUUUGUUCUCUAUAUUCGUUGUUGGACACGAUUGUGGACACGGAACGUUUUCUUCCUAUACUUGGGUGAAUGAUUUGUUUGGGCAUGUGGCACAUGCUCCUACUAUGGAUAUGAGCCAUCCUUGGAUACCUGAAAAGCUUUAUUUAUCUUUAAAUUGGAUAUCCAAACAUUAUCUCAAAUUUCCGUUGACUGGGUUUGUUAGUUGGAUUCCUUUAUAUACAAUAUUUGGUAUUCCCGAUGGUUCUCAUUUUUGGCCUUGGUCUAAAUUAUUUGAAAAUAAUACUGAUAGAAUUAAAUGUGUUGUUAGUGGUGCUGCUUGUUUUAUAUGUGCCUAUAUAGCUUUAUAUUGUUCAAAUUAUAAUUUAUGGAUAUUUUUUAAAUAUUAUUAUGUUCCGGUUAUGUUCCAAGUUUUGUGUUUCUGGUUAGUUAUGAUUACUUAUUUACAACACCAUGACGAACAGACUGAAGUUUAUGAAGAUGGAACGUGGGGAUUUGUGAAAGGACAGUUACAGACAGUUGAUAGAUGUCAUGUAGCCCAUCACCUCUUUUUUACGCGUAUUCCACAUUACAAUUUACCUAAAGCUACUGAAGCAGUUAAAAGAAUAUUAAUGGAAAAAUACCCGGGAACAUAUAAAUACAAAAAAUCAUAUGACUUUUUAAUUGAAUUUUUGUGGUUAAAUAUUAAACUGGAUUACCUUGUUGGAAAAGGUAGUGGUUUACUUAGAUAUCGAAAUAAUAUCCGGAAUAAUGGCCAAUCUAAAACGACCAAAAACGAAUAA